UUGUUUUAGAAAGGUGAAUUUAUAAUUAACAACAGCUGUGCAUCGUGUCUGUCAAUAUGAAUACUCUAUUUUUCCGUCUUACAAUAGUUUUGGUGUUAUUUGUUCAUGUUACAAUCAGUGCUAAUUCGAUAUUGGAAUCUAAGCUCUGUCAAUACCUGAAGAAAAUUGAUUGUGCUACAAAGGACGAUAACCCGGUAUGUGGGUCUGACGGAAAACUUUAUAGCAACAGUUGUUUCUUUGGACAAGCGGUUUGCAGUGGUUUGGAUCCUGAACUGAGACCAGUAGGCAAAGAGAACUGCAUGUCGCCUGUGAAUGUCCCAUAAAGCAGAUUAUUCUCUUGUUCCACUGCCUAACGAUUCAUUUUUAUCCUAUCUUUGUUUCAUUCUUUCAAUUGAAUAAACCCAUUGUUCACUGAAUAAAACCAGUCAAUUUAUAUGACAGAGAAGGAUAUCGGCGAUCAGCGAAGUUUCUGAAUAGAACCAGGAAUCAUUUAUUAUAUGGACAGUCUCAGGGAUAAGCAUCUUCCAGAAGAGGGGUUAAAAAUAAAUAAUCCGAGAUUCACUUCUGUAUGAAUUAUUCAAUACUUGAAAUUAGAUUAAUAAACACAUGAAUUUUAA